GGCUAGGCGUAUCAGUAGUUGACUGUAUUCACCUACGCCCUUGUAUACCCACCUAAUUGUCCAAUAUUCGACCACUGCGACGUGCAGCAGCAGCCAGAGACAGAGCAAGAACACGUUCCGGGCUGUAGUAGAAGAACAAGUUGAAUAGGAUUGUGGAGAUAAGGUGAGCUAGGGUUGGCUUAUCUCUGGAGGAGCGAGACGAGUUGCUUAUCUCCCGCAUCACAAGCAGUCAGAAAUUGCGGCAAAAGGAGGACAGGAUGUCAGACGCUGGCUCAUACGACUCUUCUCAUUCCCAUUCUGUCAUGACCGAGGACGAGGAAGACUGGGAGGACUAUGUCAAAGGCGGCUACCACCCCGUUCACAUUGGCGACACAUUUUCCGACGGCAGAUAUGUCGUCGUUCGCAAACUCGGUUGGGGCCACUUUUCCACCGUCUGGCUCGCAAAGGACACAAAAAUGAACCGCCACGUUGCCCUCAAAGUCGUCAAGUCCGCUCCUCGCUAUACAGAGACCGCACUCGACGAAAUCAAACUGCUCCAACGACUCAUUACUUCCACCUCCCCGCCUAUCCAACCUACACCCGAUAAUCCCAAUCCCCCGCUCUCCCCAUCGCAAUCCCAUCCCGGCCGCUCACACGUCAUCUCCUUUCUCGACCAUUUCAAGCACAAGGGACCAAAUGGCACGCACGUCUGCAUGGUCUUCGAGGUCCUGGGCGAGAAUCUCUUAGGACUGAUCAAGAGACAUCAGAACAAGGGCGUCCCGAUGCACUUGUGCAAGCAGAUUGCAAAACAGAUCUUGCUCGGGCUGGAUUACAUGCACCGUUGUUGUGGCGUUAUCCAUACCGAUCUAAAACCAGAGAACGUUCUUAUAUCCAUUGACGAUGUCGAAUCGAUCAUUCAGGCCGAACUCACUGCGCAGUCGGCCUCUCAAACGCCUCCACCGACCCGACUGGUCGGCGUCCCUCCUUCUCGCGGGCGUGGUGGCAAUCAAACGCCGCGCUCCGAGUCCGUCUUCAUCACUGGUUCACAACCUCUACCGUCUCCAAGUUCAUCCUUUGGCUCGACAUCACACCUCGACCGAUGGGCGUUUGGCAUGAGUAAGAUCGAUGGUGAGGGAAGUAAGCCGGCGUCUAUAGGUAGCAGUAAGGAUGCCCCACAGAAGCGAGCGGAUUCAACGGAGCAAGCUGCUGAACGCAUAUCAAACGUGAAGCUGGAGAGCUCACCUUUCGGCGAGAAGUCGAAAUCGAACGGUCCAAAGGGCAAGGCGGGCGGACCUUCGUUAUUGUCACAGCAAGCUCCGCCACCUGGAUCUCAGCCAACUGGAUCUCAGCCAACACCUGCGCCGCCAUUGAGUGCACAUAAUAGCAGUCAACCACCACCUUAUUCACCUGCCGAGGCCACCGGACGACAACCCGCAAUCAACCAGCCACUUUCGAGUAGUGCGAUGAGUGUGGAUAACAUGCCUGUGAUGGACGGCACGGAGAAGAUUACUGUCAAGAUUGCUGAUCUCGGAAAUGCUACAUGGGUAGAACACCAUUUCACUGAUGACAUCCAGACAAGGCAAUAUCGCUGCCCAGAGGUCAUCCUAGGUGCACGAUGGGGUCCUUCGGCCGAUAUCUGGAGUGUGGCUUGUGUGAUUUUCGAGUUAAUCACUGGUGGUGAUUACCUCUUUGACCCGGCGUCAGGGUCGAGAUACAGCAAAGACGACGAUCAUAUAGCUCAAAUCAUCGAACUUAUGGGCGACUUCCCCAAGCCGCUGGCGUUCUCGGGGAAGUAUAGUUCAGACUUCUUCAGUCGGAAAGGUGAAUUGCGACAUAUUCAGAAACUCCGCUUCUGGCCUCUCGACAACGUACUACAUGAGAAGUAUUUGCUACCAAAGGAAGAAGCUGAGCUCAUCGCAUCGUUCCUAAACCCUAUGCUACGCCUUAAUCCAGAGAAGCGAGCAAAGGCAGGAGACCUCAUCCAUCAUAAAUGGCUAGAAGGUAUUGUUGUUCAAGGCGAGAUCGACAUUAUUCGACGAGCAGAAGAUGAGGAUCGGAAACGUAAAGCUCUGCUUGCUGACAAGCAGGGAGCAAAACAAGAAGGACUUGAUCAGGCUGGUGGAAAAGGGAAGGGAAGGCCCUUGGAGUUGGGCGUGAGGGAGGGUGAAGAAGAUGCAAUGAAGCCUGUGGAGGACGAUCCCGUCAGCGGCGUUGAAGAGAGCUCUGUCUCGCAUGUACCGAAGUUGAGUACGCCUGUACCUUCAUCAGCUGCUGGGAAGGAGAACGCGACUAGGAGUGUCCCGACACUAGCAACACCACACAAAUCCGGCGAUAAACGCACAUGACAACUCGCUUCACAGGACGAACGACCUGUAUUUGUGCGUGUUCUGUUCCGAUAGCGCGCUCGUCUUACGAUGGACCAAGUGUUCUUCUAGAGUUUACGACCGGCGUUGUUGUUUUCCGUUGUAGUGUGUUCUGUAUCUGCUACGCUGGCUGUGCCUACUAAUAUUUCUAACUGCCGUUCAUGACAGUCUUUCAUACAUUGAAUGUACGUCUCGAUUUCAAUGUUCUGCUUCAGUUGGAUUUUCACACUUCUUGGUUUGCCGAUCUUUCACGUCCCUUUCUUUGUUGUCCUGAUCCGAAUCACAAGUGUAUUGCUCAAGUACAGGUAGCGAUAGAAGCCAGAUAUUCAAUAUUCCCUCACAAGCACGUGCACGUUCGUCUGCAUGUUAAUUUUGGGUGUAACUGUAAGCAGCGUCAUCAU